AUGAACCGAAUUCCAUUCGACGCUGUCACUGUCACACUGACCAAGGCGACUGUCAUCCAAGGACACCAAAGUGCCUUGUAUACCAUAGCCAUCACGAACAAGGAGACCCACGUGGCGGUCUCAACCACCAAGACUGACAGCGACUUUGAAACCCUCCGCAACAACGUGUGCUCGGCCUUGGAGCAUGGCCACACAUGCGAUGCAUUGUGUCCGUGGUUUUACGUGGAUGUGCAGCAAAAGAUCCCCAAGAAGCAUUGGUUUCGGUCGUCCACGCAUGCUCGGGUGGUGGCGUCGCACUUGAAAAAGUACCAAGACAUGAUGACCCUGGUCUGUGCCUUUGUCACUUCUGCGCACAACCGAUCAUGUUAUCGUGUCAUGCAGCGUGUACCUGAAGUGCUCCAUGAGUUCUUGUUCGAAGGCGUGGCCGUGUACCCAACCAUGUACACUGUCGCACCGCCCAAGCUUCGCUUCUCGUGCAGCAGUAGCUGCCGGUCCUCCGAUGGCACUGGGCUCGCGUGCUCGUUGUGCAAUCACGACGCAGAUACGUUCUGUGGUCAAACUACAUUGCAAUGUGGCCAUGCUUUCCACGACGACUGCAUAGUGGAGGCGUUGAAUGCACAUCUGGCAUGCCCGAUAUGCCUUGACAACGAAACCUCGCCGCCACAGUAGACAAUUGCAGCUGUCAAUCAACCUAUUUAUUAAUGUUAACGUUAUCA